AUGCCCCGCCCCCGCCGGGCUUGAGUGGACUGUUGCGGCCUGUGCCGCUUGCGCUCCGCGCUUUGGCGCCCGCUGCUGCUCUGCGCCCCUAACCCCGCGCGGCGUCGUGGACCAACAUGGGCCUGGAAGAGGAGCUGCUGAGGAUCGCCAAAAAGCUGGAAAAGAUGGUGGCCCGGAAGAAGACGGAAGGGGCCCUCGACCUUCUGAAGAAGCUGAACAAUUGCCAGAUGACCAUCCAGCUGCUACAGACCACCAGGAUUGGAGUCGCCGUCAAUGGAGUUCGCAAGCACUGCUCAGACAAGGAGGUGGUGUCCUUGGCCAAAGUCCUCAUUAAAAACUGGAAGCGGCUACUGGACUCCCCCAGAACUGCCAAAGGAGAGAGAGAAGAAAGAGACAAAGCAAAGAAGAAAGAAAAAGGGCUCGGCUGUUCAGACUGGAAACCAGACGCAGGUCUUUCUCCACCGAGGAAAAAAGGAGGGGGAGAGCCCCAAACCAGGAGAGACUCUGUAGACUCCAGGUCGUCCGCCACCUCCUCUCCAAAAAGGCUCUCAGUGGAAAGAUCUAACAGCAGCAGAUCUAAAGCGGAAACUCCCAAGACCCCCAGCAGCCCCACAACUCCCACAUUUGCCCCCUCUGUGUGUCUCCUGGCCCCCUGCUAUCUCACCGGUGACUCUGUCCGGGACAAGUGUGUGGAGAUGCUCUCCGCAGCCCUGAAGGCAGAAGAUGAUUUCAAGGACUAUGGAGUCAACUGUGACAAGCUGGCCUCAGAAAUAGAAGACCAUAUCUACCAGGAACUCAAGAGUACGGACAUGAAGUACCGGAACCGUGUGCGCAGCCGCAUCAGCAAUCUGAAGGACCCCCGGAACCCCAGCCUGAGGCAGAAUGUGCUCAGUGGGGCCAUUUCCCCAGGGCUCAUCGCCAAGAUGACAGCAGAGGAAAUGGCCAGCGAUGAGCUGAGGGAGUUGAGGAACGCCAUGACCCAGGAGGCCAUACGUGAGCACCAGAUGGCCAAGACAGGCGGCACCACCACCGACCUCUUGAGGUGUAGCAAGUGUAAGAAGAAGAAUUGUACCUACAACCAGGUGCAGACGCGCAGUGCUGACGAGCCCAUGACCACCUUUGUUUUAUGCAACGAAUGUGGGAAUCGCUGGAAGUUCUGCUGACCGAAUGACCCGCCAGGAUAACAAUAGACAAGGUGAGGAAGAUCAAGCAGCAAGCACAGACCAUGUAACCUGGAACAACAAUAAAAUUUCAAAUGAGUUCUGGAUGA